AUGAAUCAGAACAUACUGACGAUGAAAUCAUGUACACUUAUUUUCUACCUCAUAUGUCAGCAACGUCGAUGUCACACAUUUUCGUUGGACAGACUGAUACAUUACUCAAAUCAAAUGACGCCAUCGUUUCGAUUUGUUAUAUUGAUAAUCGCGUUGUCAUACGUCUUCGUCAACACUGCAAUGUGUGCUGAAGCAAAUCCAUUAGAUUCUUGGUCUAUAGAAGACUGUGCCAAAGCUUUCGCAUCCAAAAAUAUAUUAAGAUGUAUCGUUGCCGGAUUCAAAUGUCCUAAGAGAUUCCACGCUUCAUGUACAUAG